AGUGCCAAAUCCAUUUUUUAGACACAUUCAUUGGAAGUUUAGUUGAGUUGUACUACGUGUUCUCCUUCUUCUAGUCCCUUGGUAUCGACGUGAAAGAUGUAACAGGGAGUGAUGGCUGUAGCGGAGGUUGUUAUAAAGCAAGAAGCGGCCGAGGUGUUGGACUUGGAAGUUCGGAUUUUGGAAUUAUGCCAGCGCAGUGGUGAGGUCAGCCAUGAUCUUAUACGUCGAGAAUUGCCCCAGCAUGUGGAGGCUGCUCGUCUGGCCACGGCCAUCAAUCGCCUUUUAUCCACUGGAAGACUGGAAGUGUUGAAGCAGGGCGAUGUGUUGUUUUACCGGACGAAAAACACGGAGGUGCUUGGCAGCCUGCAAGGUGCUGACAAUGAGGAGAAACUAGUUUACCAGAUUGUUGAGCAGGCUCAGACGAAGGGCAUUUGGACACGAGACAUUAGGCAACAGAGUGGCCUGAACGAAACACAGCUGAAGAAAGUGCUGAAAACGCUAGAGAGCAAGAAGAUCAUCAAGCAGUUGAAGAGUGUCGGGAAUCAAAAGAAGAAAGUUUACAUGCUCUUCAACUUGGAGCCAGAUCAGUCAGUGACAGGAGGACCAUGGUUCACUGAUCAGGACUUUGAGUCAGAGUUUGUGGAUGUGCUAAUGCAGCAGUGUCUGAAAUUUCUGCAGAGCAGAGCCAGUACGCUGGCGCCGGCAGCAGCGUUUGGUGGUGUUGCAGUCGGCGAUCUGGAUCCAAUCGCCCGGCGUAGUGCAGCGCUGACAAACUCUAGUGACGUGUGGGAGUUUAUAAACCGGCUUGGCGUCAGUAAAGUAAAGCUGACUGUUGAGCAUAUCGAGAUGCUACUCGGCGCGCUGAUCUACGACGGCAAAGUGGAGCGCGAGGUGACCAGCGGCAUGGACGGAAAGCCGGUCGUGCUGUACCGCGCGCGCUCCUCGACGCUUGCGCCCACCGGUCUCAUGUGCACUCCGUGUGCUGCUUGCCCGCUGGUGUUCAACUGCUGCGAAGGCAGUGCCGUGUCGCCUUCAACAUGUGUCUAUAUGAAGGAAUGGCUCGAUUGGUAGUGUGGUAUAUGUGAGAUGUGUUUUCGCCAUUAUAUAUCUGUUGUAAAUAUGUAAAGAUGCACAGAAUGAUUGUACAUAAAAGUCUACUUUCAAGAUAAACAUUCGUUUGCGUGUGUUGUGUCAGCAUUAUAGUUCUUCAUUUUCAACCAUUAUCAUUUGGAUCUUUACUUUUUUAACGGUUUUUAACCAAAGCCCCUGGGAAGUGUAUUAUAUAACCACA